AACGCCCUUAGUACACCAUAGAUUAGGAAACGCCAUUUUUCUCUUGCCCAUUGCUUUACGGCAGCGGUGCAGUUUCACCGUACAGCUAGCCGUAUAAACUAUCUUUACGGUUACAUUAAUACAAGUAAAUCUCAAUAAGAACCAACCAUGGGAGUCACGGUUGAAACCAUCACUCCUGGAGAUGAAUCGACGUACCCCAAGAAUGGUCAAACGGUGGUCGUGCACUACACUGGAACUUUAACAAACGGUCAGAAGUUUGAUUCCUCCCGCGACCGCGGCAAGCCCUUCAAGUUCAAGAUCGGCAGGUCCGAGGUUAUCAGGGGCUGGGAUGAAGGUGUUGCCAAGAUGUCUGUCGGCGAGCGAGCCAAGCUAACUUGCAGUCCUGACUAUGCUUACGGUCAGAAAGGUCACCCCGGAGUCAUCCCACCAAACGCCACUCUCAUCUUUGAUGUUGAACUUCUCCGUCUCGAAUAACUUUCCUACAUUAGUAUAGCUCUCAACUACUUUAAGGCAGUAGCCUUAUAGUGUUCAGUCAUUUAAUUAUUAAUUUUUAAUGUAAGGGUUUAUGGCGAUUACGCAUUCAUUAUUUCACAGAUUGAUUGCAUUUUGUAUUUACACAAUUUCAAGUAACAUUCCCGUCGCAUUUUGGUGUCAAUUAAAACUAUUUUUCUAUCAAUUUCUGAACCAACAGUUAUUAAAUUAUAUAAAGCACAAGGAGAGACAAUGAAAUGCAUUGGAUUUUAAUGUUAAUUUUUUUUUAUUACUGUAUUUUACCUUCCGGUAGAUAACUCGAAGCUUUAUGAUUUAGUUUAGAAUAAACGUCAUCUAACUCA